AUGUCUGUGGCCCUCAAACGAACGCUGCGGUCAAGCAGCUCCUCAGCCGUACGCCGAGUCCUCCACCAUGUCAAGAACCACAUAGGUGUCGGUAUCGUAUGCGCUGUCGCAUAUUUUGACCCGGGUAACUGGAGCGUAGACCUGCAAGCAGGCUCUGACUUCCACUAUCGACCUAUGCUUUUUGUCAUACUCAUGACGGGGCUAGGCGCAAUAGUAUUGCAGACUCUAUCGUGCAAAUUGGGGUGUGUUACCGGGAUCGACCUGGCUUCUCACUGCCGGUUACUCCUGCACGAUCGCCCGAAGCAUACCCGGCUGAUUCGCUACGGCGUUCUCUAUCCUCUUUACGUGCUCUCGGAAAUAGCGAUCAUAUCGACAGACCUAGCUGAAUUGCUAGGUUCAGCCAUUGGACUAGUGAUUAUAAUCCCUAACCUACCACUAUGGGGAGCCGUCGCCCUGACCGCCGCAGAUGUUCUCGUAUUUCUCGCCAUCAGCAACCCAUCCACGGCACAGGGAAGACCGGCGAAAGCAUUUGAAUACACCAUCAUUCUAUUAGUACUCGCCGUCCUGGCCUGCUUCAUCGUCUUGAUGGUGAAAUCGCGCCCUGACUGGCCCGCUGUCUUUAUGGGAUACAUUCCCUCGAAGGACCUUUUCAAGUCUGAGCCAAACGCGAUAUACACGGCCGUCGGGAUACUGGGUGCCACCAUCAUGCCUCACGCGCUAUUCUUGGGUUCGUCACUUGCGACUCAGGAUCGCGUGGCUCUGGCUCCACCCCCGCCGCUACAUCCCCCAGUUCUUCCGUCUUCGCAGCCCAUUACUCAUCGCACACUCAAGUCCCGUGUCAAGGACUUCGUCGUCCCCCUGUUCGCUGUUUCCCGCGCAGAACGUGCGGCAGCAGCACGGGACUACAGGACAAAAUAUGGCGAAAGAGAGAAUAACUCUCUCGCGUUCAUUCGCCAACACCUCCCACAUGGUGUCAUAGAUAUCAUAACAAGCCUCCUUGGCAUCGCCGUGCCCAUAAAUUCAGCAAUUCUAAUUCUCGCUGCCACGGUAUUCUACCAAUCUAGGGAUGGAGGCCCAGCGGGGCUUUUCGACGCCCAUGAUCUAAUUAAGCAGUUUAUUGGCAAUGGUGCUGCCAUUGUCUUUGCGUUGGCGCUCAUUUGUGCCGGCCAAGCGGCUAGUAUCACUGCAACACUAGCCGGGCAGGUUGUCUCCGAGGGCUUCAUAGAAUGGCGCAUAUCGCCGUUCUUUCGUCGUUUGAUUACCCGUCUCAUCAGCUUGAUUCCAUCUGUGAUAGUCGCCGUUUCAGCCGGCCGAGAAGGCAUCAACACACUCCUCGUUGCCUCGCAAGUCGCGCUCUCCGUCGUCCUUCCGUUCAUCGUAUUCCCAUUGAUAUAUUUGACAUCAUCCAAGGUGGUGAUGCGCGUGCGGAAACCCGUACCCCCGUCCCCACCCUCGGAGAGUGAUGAUCAAUCGGUUUCAUCUGUUGGGAUUGGGGCGUACACCGCGAGCCAGCUCCAGGUGAUUGAAUCUAGCUCAAUCAUCGUUAGUGACCGCGACAAGGUGGGUACGGAGAAGGAGAGUGUUGUGGAGUAUCAUGAGAAGACGGAGGAGUCUAUUCAGAUUCCCGAGUACGUAGACUAUAGUAACGGAUGGCCAUUGAUGCUAGUAUCAUACGGGAUAUGGUUCAUAGUGUUAUUGGCUAACACCUACGCCAUCGUUGAGUUGGCGCUGGGUAGAACGUAA